AUGAAGGGUCUAUCAAGCAGCCGUAGCCACCACCAUUUGGUCACCUGUGACCCUGGUUCCUACGAUGCCCUAGGCCAUGGCCACCACCCUGACCGCAAGCCCUACCUGAUCAACCAGAUGGACAUGCCCAUGUCCCACCCCUCUGACCACCCCUACUACACCCAGGUCCAGAGCCAGCAGAACCAGAGGAACCACACUGCCUUCCCCUCAGACAGUAGUGUGGUGCCCUAUGGGACCUUCCCUAGACGACACUACAGCAGCUCACACCACGAGCUGAAGGAUCGGAUGGGGAUGGAAGAGUGUGCUGUGGUGCCCUAUGGUGUGGGUGUUGGUGUGGGUAACAUUGUUCCCAACAAGGGUGUCAAUGUCCGCCUGCCUGUCAACCUGCUGGACCAGUUUGAGAGGCAGCCGUCGUUCACGCGGGACGGCUACCACACGCUGCAGUACAAGAGGACGGCACUUGAGCAGCGCAACGACAGCCCCGGACGCAUCCGCCACCUGGUCCACUCCGUCCAGAAACUCUUCGCCAAGUCCCACUCCCUGGAGGGGCCACACUCCAAGCAGGGAAGCUUAAAUAGCAGCAGGAACAGCCCCGAGAGCGAGACGCCCCCCACGCAGAAGCACCGCAAACGCAGCAAGAGCAGGGAGCGCUGCAAGUCGGCUGAGCCCAAGCACAGGAGCCCCACCUCGGGGUACUGGAGCUCAGACGACAUCCUGGAUGACCGAGACGUCUGCCACAGCCUGUUCCACAGCCCCACCGGAGUCAUGACCAUGGGCCGCCACCCGGACAAGUCCCAGUCGCAGUACUUUAUGGAGGCCUUCAACACCAUCAGCGAACACGCCCUGAAAACGUCGCGCAGUAAUAACGACGUAGUAAAACACACCUGUGUCCCCUCCCAUAUCCCCAUAAGCAUGGACGCCCAGCUCAUGAAGAAGAGCUUGUGGUCGUCCAGUCUAACGGUGAGCAGGGCUCGCCAAGUCUACCAGAAGGCCUCAGUAAACUUAGAUCAUAAAGCGCUAGUGAAAUCUGAGGCUUGUCAGCAGGAGCGCUCAUGCCAGUUCUUGCAGGUAUGCAAUUCUUUAAAUUCACCCCUAAACCCAAACCCCCCUUAACCACCUACCUACCCCACUGGAGAGGAUCUAUCCCCCCUCCACUUUCAUUUGAUUUGAAGAGAGAAGUAAGUGCAAACCAGUAGUGGCCUUACUUCCUUUAAUAGCCUUUUUUCUUUUAAACCCAUCAGUGACUGGCAUUAUUUCCUGUUUAUAAACCUCUUCAUUUCAUAGAUUUCCCAGUUUUUGGGUUCUUUAAUUCUUUACUAAUAAUUUGGUGUGGUGUGUGUGUCUGUGAAUGCAAGCAUGCGUGUGUACUGUGUGAAUAUUCUCAUGACGUUGUACACAAAGAUUAUGUUGCCAAACCCAUCACCUCUGAAAUUCCACUCACAAAACAUGAGACACAGUUUGCACAACAGAAGCACAAACAGCACACCUCUAAAUAGAUCUAAGCACUCAACUUCAACUCAGUUUAUUUACAGAAAUAUCCAAAUACUGAUUAUUAAUGAUUAUGUUCAUGUAAAUUAUAUGUAUAUGUUGUUCUCUACAGUAGUUAAUCUCCUGUCUUUCUCACUCUCACUCGUUCUACACUCUAAAUGCAUUUUCUAAUCACUGAAUAGGUAUAUAAUGUAUAGCAGACAUGUAGGAGUGGUUUUAUGUAUGAUAGGCUAAUAGAAGACUUUGAGACACAGCUUAGCAGUCAGCGACACUGUGAACCAGCACGUGUGGGCACAAACCUAAUUAGUCUGCUUAGAUGUUUCCCAUGUAUUCCCUAUUAUCCUGCAACAGGUAAAGGAUCUUCAUUUGAUUACCCUGUUGCAGGAGAACGUUCCUGCAAUGCAGGAUAUUUAAAACUUGUAGUGUAUUUGAGAUUUAAAAAGGCUUCUGAAGUUUGUAACUUCCACUGUGAAAUUCACACUUGAUUUUCCCAUACGGAAAAUGUAUCAACCACUUCAAAAAUGUCCAUUAAUUAUAAUCCACAUAAUAAUUCACAUUUCCUGCUGUAGCAAACUGGCUCAAAUUAAGAUCCUACAUCUGUAUCUCUUUCUGCUGUAUAUAGUUACUCUGUUACCAUAGAAACACCCUCCAACAUUAGUGACAGGAUUGAGUCGAAGGUUGGGAUAGGAUAGUGGUAGCUGUGUUAUUAGUACAAAUGGAGACCAAUUACCUAUAUGUCUGUGAGUCGAGUGCCAUGUGAGAAAAGAUUUUUAAAAAUAUAUAUGCAGCUUUUUGAAAUUCUGUAAAAAAAACUGGAGCUAAGCAUUUUGAUUUCUCAAAUCUCAGAUCUAAACUUCUAAAUUAGUGUAGUUAUUUUGACAGGGAUGUUGUGAGUCGAUUUGUCGUGUUUAAUGUUGGAGUUAGUUAUUUUUAAGUUGAUAUUGAUACUGUAUUGUGUACAUGAAUGUCCUACAGGGAAGACCCCAGUGACAAAUACACAUGCACAGUACCCAAUUACUGACAUAUUCUUGGAAUUAUUUGCUGCCGCCUUAGCCAAUCAUCACAACAUUUAGAUCUUCAAAUAUUCAGCCCCACACUGUGUACAGUGAACGGUUAGCUAUAGUAAAUAAUAGUAACCAAUGCUAUACCAGACAUGUAGGAGUGGUUUUAUAUAUGAUAGGCUAAUAGAAGACAUUGAGACACAGCUUAGCAGUCAGCGACACUGUGAACUAGCACGUGUGGGCACAGACCUAAUUAGACAAAGACAUAAUCCAAAACUUAAAAUACACUGUUGAUUUUAGGUGCGUUAUAACAUUUACUGUACUUUUUGCCGCAUUUGUUGAUAACGAAAUCUGAAAAUACUCGGGCUUCAUUCAGUAACAUGAUAAGAAUAUUAUUGAAACAUUUUGGGUAGGUGCAACAUAACACCAAAAAAUGAAAAGAGUUUGAGUGAGAGGUCUAACUGGUGUUUCCAAGGGGCCACACACAUUUCAAUGCACUUUUAUGACUCAAAGAAGAGUUCAACUAUAAGGUGCUUUUUUGAGCUCUCCUAGCUGUUCCGUUGAGGAACUAGAGCAAGCAAACUUGUAGUUGUUUUCUUUGAAAUUCAGCCCUGCAUCCCCGCCUUUACACAAUUAAUGUUGUUGUUUAUGCAAUCCAAAGACAGUCCAAUAAAAAUCGCAAUCUGGGUCAGGUGAGCGUAAUUUGACAGCUUGUUCUAUUGCCAACAUGACUAGCUAAAUUAUAAAAUACCAUCUUACAGUGUUAGGCUUUCACUAGGCAAUUCAGAGAAGCGGAUCGUAAUUUUAGUGCGCAUAGAAUGGAGUCGUGAGUGCAUUCAGAUGUGUGGUCCGCAGCAAAUGUUCUUCACAGUACAACAAACAUAGGCUCAUUCUGUUCAGGACAACCCAUGGUAUAACUCCAUGUCAUCUUGUAACUGUACAUCAAACAUGGUAUACGUUGACACUGUAUAUUGCAUGAGUUUUAUGAUAUGGAAAUGUGAAGUGCACAUUUGGACUCACGGAUGUUUGGCUUGCUUGUAUGACAUCAAAGCAGUAUUUAUUAUAAUCCUCAAAGUCUCAUCUUUCAAAAUACAUCAAGUCCUUGUAAUUUGCAGCAUUUCCCUCACUCAGACAAUAAAACAUUUGCAAACUUUCCCCAAUUAUCUGGAGAGAUGGGGGCAACUUCUUGUUGCGCGUGAUGCUCAUGUUCAGAAUGGCUGUCAGUCAAAACCCAUACAGAGCUGUGAAGCGGAGACCCUGAGCUCUGACUUCAGAUAUAGCAUUUUAUUGUAUAGCCACUGCGUUCUCAUUUAGGCACUUAUCAGUGUCCAAAUCUGCUAUUUUCAGCCCGUAUACGGGAACAAGUGUAAAACGCUACACCUCAAAUACACUACAAGUUUUAUAUUUCCUGCAUUGCAGGAAAGUUCUCCUGCAACAGGGUGAUCAAAUUAAUACCCUACAUCUGUAGUGUGUGGGCAUGCAGCCGCCCGGCGGUAAUAGAGUAACUCUGACUCCACAGCCUCCUUUUAUAUUCAACCUGCUCAUUUCUGCUCUGGCUGUCUCCCUAGUUACCAAGGCUCCUCUCCCUCUGCAGAUUCAUGUAAUUACUAAGUCUUCGGAGGAGUGGGAUUUUCUCUCCUCCAGCAUCAACUUAGUCUCCAAAGUAUUUUUGAAUGCAAUAUGGUAACUACCCAAAUUGGGUAUAUCAUUGGAAGAUUAAUAGAUACUCUCUGGUAACCCAUUAUUUCACUGUUUCUGAAUUAACCUUAUAAAGAAGGGACACCAUAAUCCCUCUCAGGAUGGAGGAUGUAGUGGUAUUCAUAUUAGCACAUCAACUAUUAUACAAUAAAGAAUAGUUUGGAAGUUCGGGUUGUGCUAGUGUUUGUGCCCUAGUUUUACUAAUUAGUUUAACCCAUAUGUCUGGCUACCUCAUUGUGUUUCUCCUUCAAUCUAUUCUUUCCCUCUCACCUAUACAAAGCCUUAAAAUACUUUGUUUCAGGUUAGCUCAAAUGUUAUACCACCCUGAUGUUGUUGUUUGAGCUCAGACAGACACCCUAGUUCUCUGUGAACAUCCUGUUGAUAAGUCUGUGUGUGCCCUUAGGGAGACUCCACACUAGCAGAUGCCCAGGUUGUCAGGAAGACGUUUUUAGUGUAAUCAUGUGAACUCACACCAGCCUCUCCCUUAAUUACCUAUUUAUUACCUUCAAUGCUCAGUAUGAGAGUUAGAGAGAGGUAGGGGUCUGACUGUGCGUUGGAUGUUGUUGUGACGCUGGGUUGGCCGGACCGGACCAGGUAGAUGUGGGUUCAUGGCGCCAUGCAUUCAUCCGUGGAGGUGCCUGAUGCCCUGUUGUCACCUCCCCCGUCCCCACAGGUGCCCCAGGACGAGUGGAGCAGCUUCUCGCCCCUGGGGGGGAAGGAGGACGACAUCCCGUGUCGACGCAUGCGCAGCGGGAGCUACGUGAAGGCAAUGGCCGAGGAAGAAGACAGUGAAGACUCGGAGGGAAGUCCGAAGCCGUCGCCAAAGGUCCAGGCCCAAGGUCGACGAGCCAGCUAUCUCAAAGCCACCCAGCCAUCACUGACUGAAAUGACCACCUUAAAGUAAGACUCCGCUCUAUGACAUUUUAAAGUGACUUUAACUUACUUUCAUUAUCAUAGUCCUUAUGAUUUCACAUUCUUUGGGUCAUUUAGGUAUACACCUUAGUAUACCUAAAUGACCCGUUUACUGCAGUGGGGGAGAAGCAUGAAGAAAUCAGACAACUGUGUUAGGAUGAGGUCCUCCGACCCCCAGCUUUAUUGGUACUUUGGACUGCCUUAAAGUAGUGCAAGGAUUUCUGCUGAUAAUUUGAUACCAUUAUAUAGAGAGGCUGCUCAUAGCAUUCAGUAUCACUCUGACAUAUCUGGGACUUACAGCUAGAAUUUGUGAAUUCAUUAAAGCAGCAUCCAAUUCAAGAGACAGCCCAGCCCGGUGCCUGUACAUUUUCCCCUGCAUCCCGUUCCACUCAGUGAGUAAAGAGUAUUAAAGUUUCAAACACCAGGGGAAAUGACUGGAAAGUUCUACUGACUGUAGAUGAAGUGAGAAACAAUUUUUAAAUGAGCCUUUCAGUUGAAAAAGUACAGUAUAUUCUAAGUUAUAUCAUUAUAUUCUUCUAGGUUUAUUAUAAUCUGCACAAUGAACAAAUAUGUCAAUCCCUAAGCAUUGAAAACAUCUCUCAAUUUAAAUGUGAAAGGAUCUUUGACAAAAGUUGAGCUAAAGGCACUAGCAUUGUGUGAAAAGCAUCCCUAUCCGUGACUGUGAUCCGUGUUCUAAAUCAGCUUGUAUUGGCUUUCUGUCUAAAGCUCUGCAUGCCGCAUAUCCUUUGAUAGUGUACUGUGCCUCUCCUAGUUCUGUUGUUCAUGUUCUGAACUCCACUAGGCAUCUGAAACAGUUUGGCAGGCACAAAGUGAUCCUUAGAUUACCACAUCUGCUGCCCAAUGGUUACUGUACUGAAUGUGGGCCAUGCAGAUUUACUACUGCACUGUGGAGUAAGGAUGUGAUCAUCCACACUGAUGAAUCGGCUUCCCAAUCAACAAGAACAAGUUUGAUUUAUUACACGAAAACGAAUGUAUUUAAUGUUUUAGGAAAUAGAUAAGUGUAAUAGUUUUACACUUUUGUUUCAUUUUCUCUCUUUGACGUAGGCCUACAGUAGUUCAUAGUGUCAGGUGAACCGAUGUGGAUGUGGUGGAGGAGUCAGGCGCAGGACACAGAGGCUUCGUCCAACAGACUUUACUAGUCAAAAGUGCAAAAUACAAUACACGGCCUCGAAAACAAACAGAGGCGAGUGAAUACGUAAACCAUGCGUAAACACUAAACAAACAAACAGAGCGUCAACACGCAGCUCCGAAAUACAGGCAGACAACAACACACAAUCUAACCUAUACAAAACAGGGAACUUAUAGGACACGUAAUCAGAACACAAACAGACACAGGUGUACAAGACAGACCAAAGCAAUCACACCACGAAACAUUCAACGGUGGCAGCUAGUACUCCGGGGACGGCGAACGCCGAAGCCUGCCCGAACCAGGAGGAGGAGCAGUCUCGGCCGAAACCGUGACACAUAGGCUCCAUAGACUUUGCACUAACAGCAUUACAUUUACAUUUUAGCAGGGAUGUGAUUAGAUUCUCCCCAGAAACAAACCAGGCUGUCUCUGUUUUUAAUUAAGUACCCACACUGCUAGAGAAGGUAUGGUGAUUAAUUACAUUCAUUAGCCUGGGGAAUUCUCUUUAGAAGUGCUGUACUCACAGAAUGGAACUUCAUUGCUGUGUUAUUUGACUUGGAUUACAGGCAGAGGGUAUGUGUCAUCAUUAAUGAUAUAUCCAUUUUGAUUCAGUUAUCAUAUACAGUUGAAGUCGGAAGUUUACAUACACUUUAGCCAAAUACAUUUAAACUCAGUUUUUCACAAUCCCUGACAUUUAAUCCUAGUAAACAUUCCCUGUUUUAGGUCAGUUAGGAUCACCACUUUAUUUUAAGAAUGUGAAAUGUCAGAAUAAUAGUAGAGGAAAUGAUUUAUUUCAGCUUUUAUUUAUUUCAUCACAUUCCCAGUGGGUCAGCAGUUUACAUACACUCAAUUAGUAUUUGGUAGCAUUUCCUUUAAAUUCCUUAACUUGGGUCAAAUGUUUCGGGUAGCCUUCCACAAGCUUCCCACAAUAAGUUGGGUGAAUUUUGGCCCAUUCCUCCUUACAGAGCUGGUGUAACUGAGUCAGGUUUGUAGGCCUCCUUACUUGCACAUGCUUUUUCUAUAGGAUUGAGGUCAGGGCUUUGUAAUGGCCACUCCAAUACCUUGACUUUGUUGUCCUUAAGUCAUUGCCACAACUUUGGGAGUAUGCUUGGGGUCAUUGUCCAUUUGGAAGACCCACUUGCGACCAAGCUUUAACUUCCUGACUGAUGUCUUGAGAUGUUGCUUCAAUAUAUCCACAUAAUUUUUCUUCCUUAUGAUGCCAUCUAUUUUGUGAAGUGCACCAGUCCCUCCUGCAGCAAAGCACCCCCACAGCAUGAUGCUGCCACCCCCGUGCUUCACGGUUGGGAUGGUGUUCUUCGGCUUGCAAGCAAUCCCCUUUUUCCUCCAAACAUAAAGAUGGUCAUUAUGGCCAAACAGUUCUAUUUGUGUUUCAUCAGACCAGAGGACAUUUCUCAAAAAAAUACGAUCUUUGUCCCCAUGUGCAGUUGCAAACCUUAGUCUCUUUUUUAUGGCGGUUUUGGAGCAGUGGCUUCUUCCUUGCUGAGCGGCCUUUCAGGUUAUGUCGAUAUAGGACUUGUUUUACUGUGGAUAUAGAUACUUUUGUACCUGUUUCCUCCAGCAUCUUCACAAGGUCCUUUGCUGUUGUUCUGGGAUUGAUUUGCACUUUUCGCACCAAAGUACGUUAAUCUCUAGGAGACAGAACGCGUCUCCUUCCUGAGCGGUAUGACGGCUGCGUAGUCCCAUGGUGUUUAUACUUGCAUACAAUUGUUUGAACAGAUGAACGUGGUACCUUCAGGUGUUUGGAAAUUGCUCCCAAGGAUGAACCAGACUUGUGGAGGUCUACAAUUUUUUUCUGAGGUCUUGGCUGAUUUCUUUUUAUUUUCCCAUGAUGUCAAGCAAAGAGGCACUGAGUUUGAAGGUAGGCCUUGAAUUACAUCCACAGGUACACCUCCAAUUGACUCAAAUUAUGUCAAUUAGCCUAUCAGAAGCUUCUAAAGCCAUGACAUCAUUUUCUGGAAUUUUCCAAGCUGUUUAAAGGCACAGUCAACUUAGUGUAUGUAAACUUCUGACCCACUGGAAUUGUGAUACAGUGAAUUAUAAGUGAAAUAAUCUGUCUGUAAACAAUAGUUGGAAAAAUUACUUGUGUCAUGCACAAAGUAGAUGUCCUAACCGACUUGCCACAACUAUAGUUUGUUAACAAGAAAUGUGUGGAGUGGUUGAAAAACAAGUUUUAAUGACUCCAACCUAAGUGUAUGUAAACUUCCGACUUCAACUCUAGACCGGUUAGGAUAUAUAUUUUUAUGGUGUUAUGGUCAUGUUUAAUAACAAUCGAUGUAUUGUAUGUGUCCCACAUUUCUAUGUGCAUUUGUGUGCGUAUUCUUGACAUUUAUCUGUCUGCCUUUACUGCUUGUUAGAUAAUGCACCACAGUCAUACGAUUUAUGUUACCAAAUGGCAAACAGUAAGUCAUAGGGAUAUAUUACCACAGAGGCACAAAUAUGCUUUGUCAUUAUUGUACACUGAUCCCAAUGCUGUCGCAUAUCAUUUCAUUUGCUUUGGAAGGAUUAAGAGACUUAUGACCAAUGACCAGUGUGAUGGUUUAUGUGUUUAAUUUGCUAUAUUAGGUGAAGUGUAUUAUAGAUCUACUAUAUGAUGUACAAUUACUGGACUACUGUGAACAUUGAUUGGGAUACCAUAUGACACAGUGCUAUUUCAUGCCAUUAAUGGUACAGUACAGUGAAUGUCAUAGAAAAGGCUAUUGUAAAGGAAAGAGAGAGAGACGCACAUAUGUCCAAGGACGACACAACCCCAACUCUGACUGAAGCAGAAACAUAUUGGCUUAUUCCACACCAAUGACAUCAUGCAUAACCCAAAUCCCUUAAGAUCCCAACACUGAGGCAGCCGCAGCUCUUCCUUCGCCCUUCAAGCACUUUAGGUUCCAACUUUUUCCAUUUAUUUUGUUCUGCUGGAGUCGGAGUCUAGCUCCCAGAAGGCUUUUGGACCACAGUGGAGUUUCAGUAGUAGCUUCUGAACCAAAAGAACCAUGCUGCAGCAGCAGAGUAGACAUGGAGUUUAGACAUAGAGUUUCUCAGGUGCCAGCCCAACCCAUCCCAGCACUGUCCUAGAUGUCUAUUCUGCUUGGCUUCCCUCACUGCUGCUGCUUAGCCGAGGUGUCUGUCAGUACGGCAGGCGGUAAAGAGUUGCGUGGGCGGCCUUAAGUGAAUUUAGCUGUUUCUCCUCAGCACUGUGGUCGCUGGCUGGCCCAACCUGCUUUAUGGGAGAGUGCAUAAUGGAGAUAGCUUUGCAGCUGUAACCAGCAUCUAUUCCACUAAGCAGUGUAUAUACACUGAGUGUACAAAACAUUAGGAACACCUGCUCUUUCCAUGACAUAGACUGACCAGGUGAAUCCAGGUGAAAGCUACAGUAUGAUCCCUCAUUGAUGUCACUUAUUGAAUCCACUUCAAUCAGUGUAGAUGAAGGGGAGGAGACAGGUUAAAGAAGGAUUUUUAAGCCUUGAGACAAUUAAGACAUGGAUUGUGCGCCAUUCAGAGGGUGAAUGGGCAAGACUUAAGUGCCUUUGAAUGGGGUAUGGUAGUAGGUGCUAGGCGCACCGGUUUGAAUGUGUCAAGAACUGCAAAGCUGCUGGGUUUUUCAUGCUCAACAGUUUCCCCUGUGUAUCAAGAAUGGUCCACCACCCAAAGGACAUCCAGCCAACUUAACACAACUAUGGGAAGCAUUGGAGUCAACAUGGGCCAGCAUCCCUGUGGAACGCUUUUGACACCUUGUAGAGUCCAUGCCCUGACGAAUUGAGACUGUUAUGAGGGCAAAAGGGGGUGCAACUCAAUAUUAGAAAGGUGUUCCUAAUGUUUUGUACACUCAGUGUAUAAUGCAUGCAAGGAGCAGAGUGGACAAACAUGGAGUCAAUCAAUCAAGAGAUCUUGUUGGAUGUAUUUAACUUACCACAGUGAGCAUUAAGGAAAUCUGAUGUGAACGUGCACUGAGCAUGUACAUCUUGAUGAGAGAGGAUCGAACACAUUGUUAUCAUCUAUCAUCUGGUUUGAUUAUGUUUUGAUGGUGAAAAUUAGACACAGCGUGUUAUCGAACCAAAAUAGACUAUACCUCUCAAUUGUGGUCUGAAAAAAGAUUUGUAUCAUUUAAUGUUCCAGUGUGAUGAUCCAUGGAACCAUAAUUGUGACACCUGUCCAGCUUGGCAGUUCCCCAGGAACGUCUCUCUUUGAGCUGUCCAUCUGACGUCACUACAGCUAACAGUACCAUACCUUUGACUGCUGAUCAGAGUGAAGUGGACUACAACUCACAUGCAUCACUAGAUGAUGAUGACAUGCACAUUCGUCAUGAGAGCCCAGGACAUCAGAGAGUAGCCUGAUACCAGAUCUGUUUGUGCUGUCUUGACAACUCCUUGUCAGUGAGUGAUCAUGCUAACAUCAGGAGGCAUUAUUAUUAACACCUGUUUGUUGACUUGUCUUCAUUGGCAGGAUCUCCACCGAACACUCUCCGAAGCUGCAGAUCAGGAGCCACAGCUACCUGCGGGCGGUGAGUGAAGUUUCCAUCAAUAGGAGCCUGGACACCCUGGACCCCAAAGGGCUCCUGGACCCCAAAGCGCUGCUCUCCUCACCCCAAUACCGCUCGCGAAACGAGAGCUACAUGAGGGCUAUGAGUACCAUCAGCCAGGUUGGUGCUCCCAGCAUUACGUCACCGUCUCUGGUGCUACGUCUGUGCAAGGGAGGAAAGUCACAUCAAGUCAAAGUCCAAGUCAAAUCAGCCAUGAAAUCAGCCACAAAUUCAUCUCUCAGCUUGAGAUGAAUUUUAUUUCAAACCAGUCUCAAUGUCAAUGUUCAGCCCUCAACCAUCAAGAGUCAACCUAAAGAGGUGAAGUAAAAUGGCACUACCAUUCCAUUUACCAUAUCUCCUCUCUAGAGUUACACAGUCUGCCUUACAACCAGUAUAAUAAUCCUAGCUCACUGCCUUUAAAGCCAAUUGUGAAUUGUCUUAUAGUAUUUAGAAGAUAGCAUAACAGAAUAAAUCAUUAUAAAAACCGAAACCAUUAUCACUUUACCUCCAUACUGUAUGUCAUACACAUUACUUCAUGUUACUCUCAGCUAAAUAAUAAUUUAAACAUUGAUUAAAAGAUAAUCAUCAAAAUAUUGUACAGCAAUCUAUUCCAGGGACAUUGUAGAUAAAAAGUAUUUUCCUUACAUUUCAGAGUAAACUAGUCACACAAAAUAUUUCUAAUGAGUAACCUUAUGCCCUUUGCUUUUCAUGUCUGGAAUUACAAAUAUAACUCACUGGACUAUCAUCUUUCAAAUCUGUGAAAUCUCCCAAACUAAAAUGCGAUAAAGUUUUGGAUUAAGAAUCAGUUUUCACCAACUGUUUCUUGUUUAAUACCCACCCUCAGUUAUCAGUGAAAAUCAGAUGGAAUUACAAAACAUCUCAGCAUGAGUCUUGCCAAAAGCCCCUCAAGCUCUCGUCUUUCUGUGUAGGAGUGGUAUGCUUUAGACCGUAUCCAAACCCUCCUUAUCCCACCCUAACCUACAGAAUGUUAUUGAACCAUCUUAGAUGCUCUGGUUCUUGUCUUACCUUUUCUCAAUUUGUCUUUUCUCGAAGAUCCAAGGUUAUUUUAAUGCGUUUUGAAAAGGAUCGAGGAGAGAGGAUGCCAGAAAUAGAGGAAAUACAAGUUGAGAAGGGAAUGCCCAACUCCUUGCUUCAGUAAAUCAGAGCUCUGUUUUAGACACUGAAUGAACUCUCAUCAUCCCAAACAAUCUCUUCAUUACACUUGCUUGUUCUCCAAUUAACAUUGACCCUCACUCUCCCAUUCUCUUUGACUCUUCCUCCUCUUGCUACUGCUGCAUUGUGGUUCCUCUUCUUCUUCUGUAUUUCUCUUCCUUUCUUCCUUACUUCUCCUAAUGAUUUCAGAUGUGUUUACUCUGCCCAUCAGCAUUGAAUGUGCACAGCUAUUAAACUCUAGGUAAGUGGCUUUUCUAUGGUGCGUUCCCCAGGUUAGGAUUAGGAUACUGAUAUUUGGAUGUCCGGUUGUGCUGCACCCCCUCUCUCCCCCAUUGUCCCCCACUCCCCGUCCCCUUGCAGGUGAGUGAGGUGGAGGUGAACGGGCAGAUAGAGCAGGUGUGUGAGCAGGUGUACAGCGAGAUGGAGUCGCAGGCCAUGGAUGCAUUGGACCUGCCCAUGCCGAGCUGCUUCCGCAUGCGUAGCCACAGCUACGUGAGGGCCAUGGACCAGGGCUGCUCAGAGGAUGAGGGGACAUCCCUGCUGCCCGCCUCACCCCCCAGGACCACCACCACCGUCAGGACCAUCCAGAGCAGCACA